CUAAUAGCAUUUUUCUUCAUGCAUAUUUUGGCGUCGCCCCAUGGCCUGGCUGCCUUUGCCUGUCUGAGUCUUUUGAAAUUCCUGCAUGUUCGCCCCAGAUUAAGCCGAGUGUGUCUCAGGAUACACUGCCGCUCGCCGGGGCCGCCGCGCCGCUCUCCGUCGCCUUCCAGGACCGGGAAAGAGGCGAGAGGCGAGUGCCACGUCCCAGCAGCCGCUUUCACUGGAGAAAGGUCUGCAGCCCACCCUUGGCACUGCUUGGUGGGGACUAAGAUACCCGCGCUCUGCCCGCCUCCCUGGUUGAAGACGUCUCUCUCCCUCACGUGAUUUGAGCCCCGUUUUUCUUUUCCCCGAUCUACGUCCUCCGGGAGUGGGGACGAUCCGGCAAAGGGAGCGAUGCGCUUCGCCUGGACCGCGCUCCUGCUCGGGCCACUGCAGCUCUGCACGCUCCUGCACUGCGCCCCACCGUCCACCAGCCAGCAACAGCCCCCGCGGGAGCCGCCGGCGGCUCCGGGUACCUGGAGCCAGAAAAUCCAAUGGGAGAACAACGGGCAGGUGUUCAGCCUUCUGAGCCUGGGCUCGCAGUACCAACCGCAGCGCCGACGGGACCCAGGCGUCACCGCCCCGGGCGCCGCCAACGCCUCCGCCCCGCAGCCGCGCACGCCGAUCCUGCUGCUCCGCAACAACCGCACAGCAGCGACUCGGGCGCGGAACACUGGGCCAUCGGGAGCCACCACCGGUCGCCCCAGGCCCACCGCCCGCCACUGGUUCCAAGCUGGCUACUUGUCCGGGGCCAGCGACGCUGACGGCUCCCGCGCUAAUAACCGGACAGAGCCGGCGGAGCGCCCGGCACUCAGUAACCUCAGGCCGCCCAGUCGCGUGGAUGGCAUGGUGGGCGACGACCCGUACAACCCUUAUAAGUACUCUGACGACAACCCCUAUUACAACUACUACGACACGUACGAAAGGCCCCGGCCUGGGAGCAGGUACCGGCCCGGAUAUGGCACCGGCUACUUCCAGUACGGUCUCCCGGACCUGGUGCCCGACCCCUACUACAUCCAGGCGUCCACGUACGUGCAAAAGAUGUCCAUGUACAACCUGAGAUGCGCUGCGGAGGAAAACUGCUUGGCCAGCACAGCGUACAGGGGAGAUGUCAGAGAUUAUGAUCACAGGGUGCUGCUAAGAUUUCCCCAAAGAGUGAAAAACCAAGGGACAUCUGAUUUCUUACCAAGUCGACCAAGAUAUUCCUGGGAAUGGCACAGUUGUCAUCAACAUUACCACAGCAUGGAUGAAUUCAGCCACUAUGAUCUACUUGAUGCCAACACCCAGAGGAGAGUGGCUGAAGGCCACAAAGCAAGUUUCUGUCUUGAAGACACAUCCUGUGACUAUGGCUACCACAGGCGAUUUGCAUGUACUGCACACACACAGGGGUUGAGUCCCGGCUGUUAUGAUACUUAUAAUGCAGACAUAGACUGCCAAUGGAUUGAUAUUACAGAUGUACAACCUGGAAACUACAUUCUAAAGGUCAGUGUGAACCCCAGCUACUUGGUGCCUGAAUCGGACUAUUCCAACAACGUUGUACGCUGUGACAUUCGCUACACAGGACAUCAUGCGUAUGCCUCGGGCUGCACGAUUUCACCGUAUUAAAAAGCAAGCCAAGACUUCCAAUGGACAAUACAGUGCCUGGUGUUCUGAAGUGGGGGAAAAAAAUAGAUUAACUUCGGUAGGAUUUAUGAAUUUUGGAAAAGAUAACAGAAGAAAACAGGAAUUUUCGUUUGAACUGUUCUAUAACAAAGCACAUAACUGGAUUUUGAACAUUUAAAUUGGCAUUAUUUGGAAAAUUUUUAAUAUUAUUCACAUUAUUUUGUGAAUUGACAUGAUGUUUCACUUCUGUAGUUGCACACUUGGCUCUUUUAAAGAAAUCCAAGUUUUGUUAUGCUCUUUUUGAAGUUGUAGUACAAGAAGGGAAAAUAAUAUUUCAAUGAAUGAGCCAAAAUUAUUUUUAACUGAGAAUAUGCUUAGUGCUGAAACUUCAGUGAACCACAAUAACUGGCUUAUAUAUGUCCUGGCAUAGAUUAAUUUAGAAAUGAGGCUCCUACUGUUUAAAUAGAUGUGGACACAUUUGGUGCUGAGGAAGGAACAAAUAUAUUACCAUUGGUGUCAAGAAAUAUUUCUAUAUAGCAGAGAAAUGGCAAUAUAUGUAUUCAGAUAGUUACACCCCUAUAUAAAAUUUAUGUUUACAUUUUUAAAUUAGUAGAUAAACUCCUUUCUUUCUGUCAGGUGUACAAUUUCAUUCUGACUUAAGUCAGCUUUUGUUUUGGAAUGAAUUAAGUAAUUAAGCUGCCCAACUCCUGUCUAACAUUGGUUGAUGUUCCAUCUAUGCUUUAAUUUUCCUACGGGCAGAGACUUUUUAAGUGGCAUUCUUAAAAUUACCAUUUUGGGGACUGGUAUACAUAGGACAACUGUGUCAAUGGAAAGUUAUUCUGGUGAUAGAUCUGAUACAUCCAGAGAUAAUAUACAUUUAAGUAUAUUGAAAUAUUAGCCAAAAACAUUUCCUUAAUGCCAUAAAACAACAGUCAUAAGUCCCUCAAACCACAACUGUCUUUCAAAUACUUUAAAAAAAUAACGAAAAACAUCUUAGCAUUUUCAACUUUUCUACAUUAUUUUUAAUGUUCAGCUUUUAAAAGAGGAAUGCUAAAAAAAAUUUAAAUUAUCCAGAAUAGACAACAUAAUAUGUAUGGGUAUGAGAACCAUAUAGGAACCUGGAUAUAGAUCAUCCAGGAAUCAUUCAUUCAUGUUUUGUGUAUAUGUCCAAAAGAUAAUCCAAAUUUGCAAAGCACAUAGCAUUACAUACUUGAGGGGUUGGUGAAAAAGGGAAAAGAAAAAAAAAAUCUUCCUGCAAAACCAAGGAAUGUGCUGCAUUAUCAGACAGCUGUGAUUUUAUUUUAAACUGUGAAACCAUGUGCCACAACAAUUUGGAGAAUUUCUCUUUUCCCUAGAUUCGAAAGGUGCAGGAAGAAAUUGAAUUACACUUUUAAGUUAGUGGUGCUUAAGCAGAAGUUUUCCUACAUUAACCAGUAUUAAAAUCUCAAGCAAGAUAUUUCAAGUGCCAGAACACGUUAGGAAGAAUUUAAAAGUGAGUAGGCAUCCCUGUAGUAUAUACAUCAUGGAGUUGUAAAAUCAACACCAAAUACUAAUAAUCAUUCCACACUCAUGGGUGCCGAGCAUGGUAAGAGGGGCUAGAGAUGGACAGUCAUCAAUGGGUAGAUGACAGUGGGCCACAUAAACCACAUCUGCCAGGGCACACACUUACCAAUAGAGAACACAGACAGCUUGAUAGAGACCCUGAACUUUCAUUUAGUAGUAUCUGAGCUAUGGAAUAGCUACUUUGAUGUACCCCUUUGCCUUAAAUUGCUUUAUAGUUUUAAGACUGUAGAAUGAUCCUUUCUUUCAAAUUGUAAUCUUUUCUAAUAGAGAUAUUUUAACAUAUUUGCUUUUUAAACAACAGCAACAAAAAACUACUGUCAGUAUUAAUGCUGAGCCAGACUGGCAUCUACAGAUUUAAGAUCAAUUGUUUUCAUCAUGAUUCUUACCCCUGCAUUAGAAGCUAGCCAAUAUGCCUUUGGAUAUAUAUGAGAAGACAUAUUUACUAUCAUUCAUUGGGCCUUCCAUCUGUCUAUCUAUCCGUCAUCAUAUGAGAGCCUAAUAUAUAACAGUCACUCACAGCUAGGCAUUUAGGAUAUAAAAAAGGUGAUCUCUAACCUCAAUUAAGUAUUAAAAACAACAUUAUUAUCCUUCAGGUUCCCUUUAUUUCAUUUUUAAUGACUCUAAGUACAUGUCUAAAAAAUUUUAUUUUAAGCAUUAUUGUUUUUCAUGACCAUAUUUUAUUUUAAAAAUAAGUUAAAAAUUAAUAGCUAUAUGCAUGUAUGUGUUACUAAUAAUUAAAAAUAUGUUUCGAAUCCCUGAAAUGUCUGCCUUUUAAAUAUAACAUGUAUCAUAUGGUUGAUUUUAGAAAAAGAAGAGUUUUAAUUAGGAUGCUAAAGAUUCUCACUUAUUCCUUAUAUAAACAUUCUUCCCCCUCAAUUACCCUUAAACACUCUCAAAUAACUCACAAAUAUUGGUUUAACACUCAAUAUUUUUGAGCCUCAAGGGAUCUCAUCUCUGAAUAACCACCAAAACUCACAGAAAAUGACUAGCUGAUAAAAGUUAUCUACUCAUAAAUUAAAAAGCAAUCCAGUCUUACCAAACUCUCAAUAAAAAACAAUUGAAAAGGAAGUGGAAAUGAUACAGAGAAUGUUGAGUACAGAAAAAAGACUGACUUUUAAACUAAUAAAGACUGUGAAAAAAAUGGACUAAAUAGGAAAAUAAUUUAGUAAGUCUUCCAUAUGCCAUAUUAGUGGCCUCAAUCAUUCAGACCACAGUCUGGAUUAAAGAUGUCUUGAUAAUGGAGGCUAGGAUGCAAUCUCCCAACAGUACCAGGGCAUAUGAAUCCACAACUUAUAUUUUUAAAAAAUAAUUUUAUUCACAAUUUCUAUCAGGUAAAUUAUUCACUAGGCAUUAUUUGUGAUAAUGAGUAAUAAUUUUUUUCUCUUCAAAACUUCAUAGGAUAAUCACGCCCAUAAAUAUUCCCAAUAUUCAGAUUUUAGAGGAAAUGCAGUUCACUAAAAUUAUCGUAGCACUAAGAUUUCAUCUUAGCAAAUUGUAUGCGAACACAGAAUUUCUGGUUAGAAGAUAACUUGUUUUAAAAAUAACUUGUUCUGGUACUAACAGUGGAGUAACUGAUAAGUAAAAAUUCCCCCUUUUCUAUAUUUUUUAUUUUUAGAACUCGUAUUCACAAUUAAUAUAUUCAAACAACAACUAUAUUUAAUUCCCGGCUACCAAAAGUCCUGGGCCAUUUUUAAACACUUUAAAGCAUUUCGUUUAUCCUUUAAGUUAAAAUGGUGCUGAAUUAUUUCAACUUGAAUGUAAAAUGUGUUGUCUUAGCUCACAGGAUAGAAACAUUUAAUUAAUAUAUAACUGCUUGCUACGAACUAAGUGACAUAUCAUUUGGUAUUGUAAUGUUUUUAAUGAAGUUUUAGUUUCUUCCAAAUUUUUCAGGAAUCCUAUUUGUAAAACAUUUGUAACUUUUUGAAGAGCUCCUAUUUUAAAUGCCCAGACACGGGCUUUAUAUUCUUCACACUCUCACAUUCUUUUACUGUAUGCCUAUACUAUGACUGCAAGAUUAUAUAAAAACGCCUUGAAUAAAUAAUUUCAAAUAUCAA